UUUUGAUUUAUUUAAAAAAUCAAAGAAUUUUUAUAGUGUUAGUUAUUCAACAAUAAUUAUAUAGUAAUAACAAUAAUAAUUAUAAUAGUAAUAGUUUUAAUAUUUUUUUAAGUAUUAAUUGUUUUAAUUAGCAAAAAAAACAAAUGGUUACCAAAACUAUUCAGUAUAAACAUUGUCCGACAACUUUGGUCACCAAUAAUAAAGUUGUCGACAAUAAUAAUGAUUUGAUGACCAAUGGGUGUCUAAUUAGUGAACAAUUAAGCAAAAGUGGAUAUGUUUUAAAUGAAAGGCAAAUGUAUUUUUUGCGACACAAACCUUAUUUGUAUAACUGUUAUGUGGACUCUGUUUUGGAAAAUUUAUUUCUUCAAAAAUUUUGGUAUAAGAUAUCUCAAUAUGUACCAAAAAAUAUAGCACCAUGCUCAAUUACAUGCGCUGGUUUGGCCAUAAAUGUAAUAACCAGUGCCAUAUUAUUUUAUUAUUCACCCGAUGCUAAACAAAUUGUGCCAAACUGGGCAUUCCUAAUGUGCGCUUUUGGUCUAUUCAUAUACCAAUUGUUUGACGCACUGGACGGCAAACAGGCCGUCAAAGUCCAGGACACACCUAUUGAAGAGGUGUACGAUCACGGAUGUGAUGCAGUUUCAGCUGUUAUGGUCACACAAGCGAUAACAGUUGCCUCACAGUUGGGCACAACUCCUGGUUUGCAAUUUAUCUUUUUUAUUAUACCGUUAAUUGCUUUUUAUAUGACACACUAUUGCUGUCAUAUUACAAGAGUUAUGGUGUUUGGAAAAAUAGAUGUCAUUGAAGGCCAGUGGGCUAUGAUAGCUGUUCACACACUUACCUAUAUUUACGGCCAACAAAUGUUUGAAUGGACACUAUUUGGUAAUAUAACACUAAAACAUGUGUUAUGGUUGCUAACAAUUCUGGCCAUCAGCUCAUCCAUUGUCAACAACUUGAGACUCAUAUUAGGUGCUGACUCACCAAUGGACAGAUAUGUUAGGAUUCCACGGAAAUACAAUCUAAGUCGACACAACCCGUCAGUAUCGUUGCUGAUAUUGACUGUAUCGGCGAUUAUGGCAUUUGAGAGACAAGUGUUUCACGAAAAUCCCAUUUUAUUUAUUACAUGCUUUGGUCUGGCAUUUGCUAAAUUGUCGUUUAAAUUACAGAUGAUGAAUGUAACACAUGGAGUAAUGCCUAAAGUGGACAGCAGUGUCAUCGCACCCAUCAUUGUUAUAAUUAAUGCCUACAGUCAACUGGUUUCUUAUAAUUUUAUAUUAUGGACAGCACUAGUAUAUGAACUGUUAGAUUAUAGUCUCUACUUUGUUAUGUCGAGUUUAGAUAUGAAAACAGCAUUAGAUGUCAAUAUAUUUUCACUGAAAUACCCGCCCAGUCAUCCAAAGUGUCGCAACAAAAACUAUGGCUUCAAUUUGAACGGAACUGAAAAUCAAACGGCACUUAAAAAUAUUACAAAAUAUAGUCAAUUGAUAGAUGAUGUCUAUAGUUAUUAAUACAAAAUGCAAAAUGAAUUAAUUAAGUAUUUUAAUAAAUAUAUUGAUUAAUAAUUGAUAUAUUAGAUUAUAAAACA